GUCAAGCGCAACCUCUGCCCUCUGGUGAACGCGUUGCAAUCGCUCCACCUCCAGUGUUUCCUCUGUUAACUUAACUGUUAAGUGCUUAAUUUAUGCACGUAAAUUGUAAGAACACAAAAUUAUUGCUACAAUGUUGACUACUGUACAACGUGAGAUAAUAGAAGCUAAUCCUAUAAAUUACCCUUUUGGUAAUACUCGAAGUCGAAAUGUGUUGCAAGACUUCAACUAUGAAGUAGGGGGUCUUAACCCAUGCAGUUCAUCUUUGAAGGUUCUUUUUCUGGGUAGUGGUGAUGUGAGAAACAUACUUCAUGUUUCAAGAAACAAAAUUUGCAAUGGCAUGCAAAUCCAUGCAAAUGACCGCAAUCCAUCAGUUGUAGCACGCAACAUCACUAUUUUGAAAAUAAUAUCAGCAUCUGAUUUCAACCCCGAAGAUGACGAAAACAUAGCUUUCCUUUGGGAUGUUUGGUACAAUCUUGAAUGGCCAGAAGUCACCCGUAAGAGAUUUCUAGGAGUUUUGAAGGACCUGUUGAAUGAUUUGUUCCCUGAAAAUAUCUCAGUCCCCAAAACUAGUCAGUCUGAAAUGUUGAAGAAAGUGUGGAGUUCUUGGCUUUCUGUUUUGUCGAAAACUGAAUCUGAAGCUAGUGUUUUAAUGAAAAGAGUAGGCUCUGAAAGGAAACUGUUUAUUUCUAAACUCUGGAGGCUUGAAAAUGGAGAAGAAUUGCAGCAAGUGAAAAACAGCGAUUUAUUUUCGACGGUCAUUGAUGUAUUAGCUUCUAACCUGGAAAGUAGUAUUGGGCUUGAAGGAUUGAACGAUUCGGCGAGGCAGAAUAUCCGAGAAGAAGCUAAGCGAAAUUUUGAUAAAGGAUUCGGAUUCCAAGACGAAAGUUCAUUUUCGAUUGUCAUUGAUGAUCUAGCUUUUAACUUGGAAAGAAGUAUUGGGCUUGAAGGAUUGAACGAUUCUGCGAGGCAGAAAAUUCGUGAAGAAGCUAAGCAAUAUUUUGAAAAAGGUAGCUGUCGACUUGAAAACGAUAUCAAGAUCGUUUGUCUUAAUCCAACAUUGCUUGACCACGCAACACUCCGCUGGACACUCAGUUAUUCACUGUGCCCUUUUGAGGGAUACUUGCCGCUAGUUAAAGAAGAACUGGACACUUCAAUCAAAAGCAAGAUGAUGAUACGUUCCUGCCAGAAAAUACUCAGAAACCUUCUUUCUUUCUAUCGAAAACGCCUCAACGACGGAAAAACCUUUGAAUUGUUCUUCUAUUUGGAGGAUGCCUUGGAGUUCUGCUAUUCCGAAAACGUCAACAAGUUCGACGUCAUUGACUGCUCCAACAUUGCAGAUCAUGUCGGAUUAGCGAAUUUGAUCCUCGCAUGCAGCGGAAAGUUGUCAGAUCACCCAUCAGCAAUGUUGUUCACCGAAACUAUAAGAUGGUUCGAUUUUAAAUCUGUCAAGUUGUACCUCGAGAAAGCCCUCUGUUGCCCGUUGAGCAUGAUCCCAACUAUUUAUGGAUUACGUCUCAAAAGCCGCAUCGAACUAGGAUUGCCUGAAUUUGUUGACUUGCGACGCUUGAUGACGCCCCCUGUUGAGGUUUGCUGGCAACGAGCUCCUCCCUUUCGUAACGUUGUCAUGUCACCAUCUUCUGUACUGGACGAAUUCCUGGAUCAGUUAGCGAACGUUUGCUUUGAUGCAAAAUUUCCUUUACGAAUCACUGGUGUCCCUCCCGGAGCCGGAUGUGGCAUGUUGCUGUAUACCCCGCAAACGUUCAGCUACGUAGUGAACUCGAUGAUUCAACGGCUUGGAGGAGACCACUGGCUGAAGAAAGAUGUCAGGCCGGCCGAGAUGAAUCCCAAUUUUCAACUCGCUAGACGAACACUUGAAGCUUGGAAAAAUGGCCAGAAGAUUCUUAAGUUAUCCGCAAACAUUCCUACUGCGUCAUGUGACAAGAUGGCUUCUCUAUCAGGAAUUCCAAGCAUUCGAUUGAUACUCCUUCCGAAAGCGAAGCAAGGGAACUGUUACGACUUUUCUGGACCAGGUGUCCAUUUCAUCGACAACUUUGAAGUGAAACUGGAAAAGUCCUCAACCGGAUUCCAAGAAGUGUCAAUUUCUUUUCUCCUGAUUCCUAAUCACGGGCUCGAAAAAACUCAUCGUGCUAUCAUCGUGGAUAUACCGAAUGGUUCAGAAGUUGUCGUCUUUGAGUCGUUUGAAUCUGUUCAGGUCGAGAACUGGAGUUUUCCGUACCCGUUUAAACCUGCGAAAACCGAACUUGAGGUUCCAGCUCCUGAAGAAUUUAGCAUGAAGGUCGACAGUUGCGUCGAGUCCGAAGAUCAGUUCCAUCUAAAAAUCAAUGUUACUUCAUCCAAAAGUGUCUCAGACUUAAAGGUAACAACGCAUCAUAAGGCGCCUUGUGAAUCCUGUCACGAGAUUACUUUGUCACUGAAGCAGCCUGAGAAUUUCAAGUCGUUGUCGCUGUCAUUUCCGUAUCCGAUUCUUGUCGAUGACAUCCGCGCUACCCUCCAUCGCAAAGGCUGUCAUGUUGAUUUAGUGCUAAAGAAAGCAUUGUGGGAACCAUGGCCAUGUGAGUACCGACCUGCUCACAAUUUGCACAGCGUCUUAGAUCCAGAUCAACUAAAACCUUGGAAAGAAGAAAAAUCAUCGAAUCGCAAUUUAAAUUCCUUGGGAAAUCACAUUAGAAGCCAAUUCAAUUUUAAUCAUCUGGAAAAUAUUUCGAUGAUGGGAAAAUCUCCUUUGGAUGUUGUUCGUUACGUUAUGCAAAUUCUGUUUUUGGAUCCCUCUCGUCCUCGUUAUGUCACCAUCAAACGGGAGAAUGCACCAACACCCGACUGGUUCUUUCUAGUCCAUCGUCCUGUUUCAACAACUCCGACGGGCAGUCCAGUCCUUUUGCUUUCUGCUUUUGAUUGCCGAUUGUUUGAAAAACUUGCUGCAGACGGCAAAUGGACCGAGAAAAAGAAUGCCGAGAUUAUAAAGCGAGUUUCCCCCGGGAACGAGAAAGUAUCAACCAUUUCGAUUAAAACGACUGAAGAUUCGCAGCUUUUGAGAUUCAUCCUGCGGCUUAACAGACUCAAGAUCACACCCAGCACUUGGCAGAAAAAAAACCUUGCGCUGGGAGAAGACAGUCCGUGGAUGGCUACAUUCGUCUCACCACUUUACACCGAUAACCCACAUUUUACUUUUGAAUCUUCUGAUGUUUCAAACAGAUCCAUGAAUGACAACAAUUGCUGCGCCGCUUGCAAGAAAGUUUCCCAAAGUCUGAAACGCUGCAGCCGUUGCCGAAGCACUGUUUAUUGCUGCGUGGAAUGCCAACGUCAACACUGGGCUCAGCAUAAAAUGGUUUGCAAGAAAGUUUAAUUGGGUUCAACGGAUGGACUGUUUACUGUUUUAAACGAGUUAACUGAAUGUUAGGCUUUCACGUUUUGCCUGUUGAGUUCGUUUUCGACAAACCAAGAGUUUUUUUUUCAUGUUUUUCAAAUGUUUUCAAGCUUAUACAACCAAGAUCAUUUUUGUGUCCGUUUUCGUGUGCGGAGAGGAAAAGGAAAUUAAACAGUUAAAAUUGA